CACGCGCCCGCGUAGGAAAUUCCCAAAAUUUGUCUGCUUUUCCUUUUUUGUCCUAUUUUUUUCCUCUAAUUUUGAAAAGCGUUAAAACUUUAUUUUUCCCUCGUCCGGUUGGUUCAAAAUUCGAAAAACGACCCAACAACUCUCUCUUUCUCUCUCUCUCUCACCGCACACUCUGGAGUCUGGACCCUGAGUAGCGCUCUUGCUGAGUGAAUGAUUGACGGCUUCGAGAAAGGCUUGAGUACGGGGGUAAUAAUAAUAUGAUAUGCGCGUUGCCGUUGCAGCCUGAAAUCGGUUUCAUUUGCCGAACUCUGCUGGGAUAUCUAGAUCUCUCCGUUUCCAGGGCCAUGGCCUGCUUCUUCGACUGCUUCCGCGUCAAGGACGACGGCCUCGGCAGCGCCGGUCACCAGAAUCCUCAACUCGUCUCCCCGGCGCGUUCUGCUCGACCGACUGAAGCCAUGGCGUCUAAGAACCGUUUAUCAGCAUUGUUCUUGUCCGAAGAGGAAGAAGAUUCUCCAGCUACUAGUGGUAACAAGGGAAAUCUAUCUUGGGUAUCUCCCCAGACUCAGAAAGAGCUAAGGGACGAGGCAAGAUUUCUCAAAGCUUGUGGUACUUUGCCUGAGACUCCUGUUGAAUUCCGGAAAGCAUCUGAGAAGCUCAAAAGUUCACCUCCUGUUGAUGAUAGUUCUGAGCAGUCAGAGUUCCAUUCAUGGCUGCCUAAUACAUCCAACAAGAAACUUUUGGCCGACAUGCAGACUGAUGAGUCCUCUACUCCUAUUAAGAGUUGUGAAGAGUUGGCAAGGUGUUCAAUUUCUUCAGAUCAAGCACCCAGCAGCUGCAUCUCCCAUGCACAGAAUGGUGCAAGGAACUCUUCUGUAGACAACAGUGGAGGAGCAAGCGUGAAAACGGUGAUGAAACUUCAUGAGCAAGAGACUGACGAUGCAUCUUCUGCUUCUCCUUUUCCUUCAGCCACCAAUACUCAGCUAAGGAAUAAGUCUGUCCGAUUCGAAUGUGAUUUUGAUACUGCCUCAUCUAAAGGGUCUUCUUCAUCUGGAAGCGGUGGCCAAAUUAUAAAGGACUUGGAACGUUUUGGAGAUGUGAGUGUAACUAAGCCUUCCACCAGGCCAACCCCACUAAAACUUUCCAGUGAGAUGCAAACACCGGGAACUGUCUACCCAACGAAUGCAGCGACUUCAGGAUAUGGAAAGGCUAGGGUCAGGUCCCAAUAUGUUUGUUCAGUCUUGCAGCCUGUUGAAAAUGUUUCCCAGUGGCAGGAAUUGAAAGAAGACCAUGCGAACUAUCAGCUGUGGGAAUCUGUUGAGCAGUCUGAAAGUGCAACCCCCAGCAGAGAAGCAGGAGUAGGAGCAACUUCUCCUUCAAAAGAUCUGAAGUUGGAAGCAAGCCUGUCAACUUGGCUGAAGCCGGUGUCGCAGACAUUCAAUCAGAAAGGCGAUAGUCUUGAUGCGGGAACAGUUGUAAGCAAAAAGUUCCACAUCCGGGAAACUCCUGGAGACAGACCAAUCAUCGGGAUGGUUGCUGCUCACUGGAAUGAGGAAGAGCCUACUGAAAUUUCCCCAAAGUGGUGGGAUGGGAAUGGCAUCCCAAAUUCAACUAAUAAAUACAAGGAGGAUCAAAAGGUCAGCUGGCAUGCAACGCCAUUUGAAGAGAGGUUGGAGAAAGCAUUAUCUGAAGAGAGCUUGGUUGCACAAAAAAAGCCUGUAAUCGGUGGUUCGCCAUUAGCUUUUGACGAGUGCGAGGAAAGCGAUACUGCCUUCUCGCAGUUGCCAGCGACAUCAAAUCCAAAGUCGGUUGUUUCAUACUAGUAUGAGACCAUUUCGUCUCUUUGGAUGUCAUUUCGCGCCCACAGUAGAUAUUUUCUGCUGCCAGUCGAGUCUUUUUAACACCUGAAAAGUUGACAAUAUCAACAGCCAGUAGUGGUAUAUUGUGGCUUUCAUGCGGACGUGUCGGAACUGUCCCGGAAAUGUUUCUCUGUCAAUCAGUACAGUAGCUGUAGCAGCUGGAGAAGUUGCGUUACAGUGUUCACCGGUUUGGGGGUUUCAAUUUUUCGUUUGGUGCUUGUUUGAGUUCUUCAUAACUCUAAAUGUUACAGUGUUCAUUCGACGGAUAUUGCGACUCCAUUGGCCUAGUUUCCCCGCAUUUUGAAUCUUCCAGUGUUUUUUUCAUCUUUACGCAAUAUUCGAAUAACAGUCGUUUCAGCACAUCAAUGCAUGAAGUGAUUGACUUGCCUACUAGAGAUGUUAAAACAAAAUCAUACUCGAUUAAACCAUCCAAUCAACUCAAUUAGCCACCGGAAAAGUCAAUGAUACUUAGGGCUCGUUUGCUUCAUGGAUUUGAUAAAUGAAGGAUUUGGUCAAAACUUAGGUUUUAUAAAAUUAAGGAUUUAUGAUGGAAUUGGUCAAUUUGGUUUUUUGAUAAAACUAUUCUUUGCUUGAUAGAUUUCAUGAUGGAUUUUGCAUAAUUAUAAUUAUGGAUACAUUAUGAAUUUACCUAUCUACCCUUACUAUAUCUUAUUUAUUGUUUGAAACAAAACAAAAUGAGGAUAAAAUAGUAAAUAACCAUCAUGGACUUGAGACACUCAUACAAAUCCCACCUCUUGAGAUGGAAUUUCCAAGUCGGUUGGGUCCACAGAUUUGCACCCUAAAAAACUGUGGGCCCCACGGACUUGUCCCCAUCAAGCAAACGAUGGAUUGUGUACAAAGUCCAUGAUGGUUGGUUUUUAUGUACCAAAUCCAUAAUGAAAUCCAUUAAGCAAACAAGGCCUUAAUUUGUCCUACCCAACCCCUGAUUGCUUUGUGAUCUGACUAAAGCGCAACUUAACUAACCCUAAUACGAUUGACCCUCGACCAAACUUACCUGUAACAUGAUUGAUUAUCAUGUGUGUCAAUCUUUUGCUUUUAUAAGGCUAAUCGCAAUCCUGGAGGGUGAUUUAAAGUAGUGAUGGCAAUUGGGCGGGCAUUAGGAGUUACCGACCCCGUUUGUUUAUCCUCCACGACUCCUCUAUUGCAACUACUUUCCCAUGAACUCUCAUUCUCUGUUAUUGUCCCGUUGCAUUGUAUGUAUAUAAAAGUGUACAGCUCAUAAUAAUAAUAAUAAUAAUAAUAAUAAUAAUAAUCAAGCAUUCAUAAAUAUUUUAUAGUACA